AUGGCCGCGUCCACCCUGUCCGUCUGCUCCAGCGACUGGAGCUACGGCAGCCGCGUCUGCCUGCCCGGCUCCUGUGACUCCUGCCCCGACUCCUGGCAGGUGGACGACUGCCCAGAGAGCUGCUGCGAGCCCCCCUGCUGUGCCCCCCCCUGCUGUGCCCCCCCCUGCUGUGCCCCCCCCUGCUGUGCCCCCACCUGCCUGACCCUCAUCUGCACCCCUGCGAGCUGCGGGUCCAGCCCCUGCCCGUCAGCCUGCACCAGCUCCUGCCAGCGCUCCCCCUGCCAGGAAGACUGCUGUGUGUCUGUCUGCUGCAAGCCCGUCUGCUGCACCCCUGUCUGCUGCACCCCUGUCUGCUGCACCCCUGUCUGCUGCAAGCCCGUCUGCUGCACCCCUGUCUGCUGCCAGGCCUCCCCCUGCUCAGCCUCCUCAUGCUGCCAGCAGUCUAGCUGCCAGCCCUCCGGCUGCAGCUCCUCCCCCUGCCAGGAAGACUGCUGUGUGUCUGUCUGCUGCAAGCCCGUCUGCUGCACCCCUGUCUGCUGCAAGCCCGUCUGCUGCACCCCUGUCUGCUCUGGGCCCUCCCCCUGCUCAGCCCCCUCCUGCUGCCAGCCCAGCCCCUGCUCCUCGUCCUGCUGCCGCCGGUCCUCCUGCGUGUCCCUGCUCUGCCGCCCUGUGGGCUCCCACCAGGCCUGCUGCGUGCCCGCCUCGGCCCAGAAGUCCUGCUGCUGA